AUGUCUUCGUCGAUACGCAAGGUUGCGUUACGAGGUAUCAAGGGAGAUAUUGGCUUCGAUCGAUUGCAGGCUCCAGUGGUUGAUGCGGGAGGGUUGCGUGAAGUGGAUGUGGGGACCUUGCGAAAAUUAUCGGCGGAACAAUUACGAAAGCGUUAUGGUAUCAAGUUGAGCCAAAUUCAGAGCUCUUGUUUGGUGCAGUUUAAGGGAAGUGAGAAAAUAGUUAAUAUGAAGCCGUUAAUUUCGUUUGAGGAUCUGGAGCAGUAUCUGCCGGCUCGGUGGACGGAGUACUUGGUCAGUGGGUUGCAUUUUACGGAGCCGACCCCUGUGCAAAGAGCUGCACUUCCUCUUGCGUUUUCCGGUCAGUCGUUUCUCGCAAUUGCACCAACCGGUUCUGGAAAGACCCUCGCGUUUGUAUUACCGGUGGUAUUAAAGCUGUACAGUAGAGCAAUGACUAUCGAGCGGACGGUGGAAUCUCCGGAGUGUGGGCGUUGUCCGAAGGCAAUGAUCUUGUCACCGACUCGUGAGCUGGCUGUGCAGACAUGUCGGGUGAUUCAGAAUUUAAUUGACAAUGUGGAUGUAGAUAUAAAGGUUACUGAUAUUAGUCGUCUGGACAAAAAUUCUGACAUAAUCGUUUGUACUACGGGAGUAACUAAGCAGGUGCUUAAUUACUCUCGUAGUACAAAGUCGGCAUCCAUGCUGGGUGAGACGAUCUUAAGUAGGGUAGAAACGGUUGUCUUUGAUGAGGUUGAUGCGCUGCUGGACGAGAGUUUUAUUAAGGAAUCGGACUUGGUGAUGUCUAUGUGUUCUGCCAAGCAGAUUAUGAUGUUUAGCGCAAGUCUUCCAGCUCGAGUGAUGGAUUUGGCAAAUUCUUUGCUGAUCAAUGCGCCGGUAUUGAAAUUGAAGAGUACACUGGCUGCGGCUGACAGUAUAGAACAGGAGUUGGUCCACGUUGCAAACGAAGUAGGUAAAUUGACGAUGCUGAAGCAAUUAUUGGAUGAAAGGCAGUUACUGCCGCCUUGUCUUGUGUUCGUUCAGGACAAAGAUCGGGCGCAAAUGCUCGAGAAAUAUAUGAAAAAGAAUAUAAGCAUGAAAGGGUCGGACAAGCCGGUACCUGUGGGUUCUUUACAUAGUGGUUUGUCACCCAAGAACAGGAUAAGCAAUCUGAACGCGUUUAGGAAGGGGGAUUUAUGGAUUUUGGUCUGCACUGAUCUUGCCGCACGCGGAAUCGAUUGCGUAGGCGUAAGAUGCGUACUUAAUUUCGACUUACCCACCUCCAGGGAAGCAUAUAUACAUCGAAUAGGACGCAGCGGCCGAGCCGGAUUAAAGGGUAAAUCCUUUACAUUUUAUACCGAACAAGACAAGACCUUUAUUCGGGUAGUAGCAUCUGUAAUGAAAUCAAGCCGUAUCACCGUUCCCAAGGAACUAGACCAAUGCAAGAAAAUUAAUACUCUUGAUCUCAUCAAACACCCACCGUUCAGACGACCUAUCGGGGUGCUCGAAGGAAAAGCAAAAUAUGCAUUCAUGAAACAACGAGCGGAUCAAAAGAAAGUUCAGGCCGUCAAGAAACAAAGGGACAUCAUCAAGAAAUCCAAGAAGAUGAAAGCGAAACGGAAGUUAAUGAAAGCUUCCUCAAAUACCGUAUCGUAG